GAUUUGCUUUCAUCCAUCUUUCCUUGUUACGCUUGCCCAUAACCAACGACAGGCGGAAUUGUGUUUCAUGAGCAAUCUUCUGCUAUACUCACCUGCUUGGUUAACCGCAGCGGUAGCAGCGUGACAUUUGCAUAACGUAGAGCAGAUCGCCGCUCCUGCGCAUUGCGCUUCUUGCCCCUGUUGAAAAUAAAUGGGGGCGGUACUUUGCCUGGCGAAUUCGGAAGUGGUGGGACCCCUGCUUGACUCUGGCAUGCCAAGGGUUAAUCCAAGAUGGCUGGGUUUACGGGUUCAUGCUUUGUAUGUUUUAAGGUGUCACGUAUCGCAUGGUUAUUAUGUAAAAGAACCGAGCAUACAGUAUGUAGAACAUUCACCAGUGGAUCCACCACCCGACAACAACAGCUAUCAAGCGCGAGGGGUAGUAUUUGUAGGUUGGAGAGCAUGGAGCUUCCCUCUGUUGGUGCUAAGAGUGUCCUUGUAAAAUUGCUGGCAGCCCCCAUCAACCCUUCUGACAUAAACAUGAUCCAAGGUUCCUAUGCCAUCCUACCUGACCUUCCAGCAGUAGGAGGAAACGAGGGGGUGGGCCAGAUCCUGGAAGUGGGCAGCCAGGUGAAAGCACUCAGACCAGGGGACUGGGUGAUCCCAAGAGAUGCUGGAUUAGGGACGUGGAGGACAGCAGCGGUUUUAGCUGAAAACGAUGUGAUCUCUCUGCCCAAUGACAUCCCCCUGUUCUCUGCAGCCACACUGGGCGUUAACCCCUGCACUGCCUUUAGGAUGCUCUCUGACUUUGAGGAGCUGAAACCAGGUGACACAGUGAUCCAGAAUGCAGCCAACAGUGGUGUGGGUCAGGCUGUCAUACAGAUCGCUGCUGCAAGGGGGAUCCAAACCAUCAACGUGGUCAGAGACCGGCCAGACCUCACACAGCUUAUUGACAGGCUGAAGACUAUGGGCGCCAGUCAUGUGAUCAAAGAGGAGACCCUGAGGCGGCAUGAAAUGAAGGAACUUUUCAAGACCUGUCCAAGGCCUAAGCUGGCACUGAACGGAGUUGGGGGAAAGAGUGCAACAGAACUUCUCCGUCACUUACAAGUUGGAGGGUCGAUGGUGACGUAUGGAGGGAUGGCCAAGCAGCCAGUCACUGUUCCUGUGAGUGCCCUGAUUUUCAAAAAUGUGAAAGUCAAAGGGUUCUGGGUCACCCAGUGGAAGAGAACCCACUCUCAGGAUGAGGGGGCCUUACGGGGAAUGCUGGAUGAGCUCUGCUCUCUGAUCCGCCAGGGAAAGCUGACCGCACCUGCCUGUUCUGAGGUAGGCCUCCAAGACUUCCGGAAAGCACUGGACACUGCCAUGCAGCCGUUCACCUCAGCCAAACAGGUCCUGGUCAUGUGACCCAUCAGGAAGGAAGGAACUUCCUGGACUUGUCCAAUAAGAAACAUUGUUUUGCACUGGGUGCCCAAUUGAAUACGACCCUGCAUACAAAACGAAGUCCCGGGCACGUUCAACGGGUGCAGCCCCGAGACUGCUGCUUCAUCAUUGUCGGAAAUGCAUAGAUGACGUGUAUUUUUUCCCCCAUGCCGCCGUUGCGAGACAGGUGCAUGGUAAUGGUCCAUUCUAUACUGAACAAAAUGAUAAAUGCAACAAUUUCAAUGAAUUACGGAGUGACAGUUCAUAUAAGGAAGUCAGUCAAUUUAAAUAAAUUAGGCCCCAGCUAUGGAUUUCACAUGACUGGGCAUAGCCCCAAUCAAUCCGAAUGAGUUUUUCCCCACAAAAGGGCUUUAUUACAGACAGGGUGGCUGGUCUCCGAUUAUCCCGCAAGUGAAGAAGCCGGAAGUGGAGGUCCUGGGCUGGUGUUUUUACACGUGGUCUGCGGUUGUGAGGCCGGUUGGACGUACUGCCAAAUUAUUUUAAAUGACAUUGGAGGUGGCUUAUUGUAGAGAAAUUAACAUUACAUUUUCAGGCAACAGCUCCGGUGGACAUUCCUGUAGUCAGCAUGCCAAUUGCACGCUCCCUCAACUUAAGACAUCUUUGGCAUUGUGUUGUGCAACAUUUGAGAAAUAAGCUUUUUGUGUGUGUGGAACAUUUCUGGGAGCUUUCAUUUCAGGUCAUGAAACAUGGGACUAACGCAUGUUGCGUUUUAUAUUUUUGUUCAGUGUAAAUCAAAACUAAUUUAACACAUUAUUUAGUAUAUGUAAAGACAACAUUAAGAAUAGUCUGAUUGGGUGACAACAUUAGCGUAUCACUUGUGAAUGAUGCCCAGCAUGUGCAGUAAAGCAAGAAACAGCACAUGCCUUUUUUUUGCAACUUUUUCAAAUCAUAGUCGCACACCUCAUGUAGCCUAGCCCAUAGGCUUAUGUGUUUUGAUCAGAUUUGUAUCACAACUAAAGUGGCCAAAUAACAUUUAAUUUGCUUUACAACCGAUGUAGAGCCUACCUGGCAUACAUGCUGUAAGUAGGUGGCGCGUGAGUUUCAAGUUUGGGGAAGACCAUUUUCCCAAUUGAAAAUGCACCUAUAAUAAUAAAGCAUUACACAUCGUA